AUGUUCUUCUCAAGGGAGGCCCGGCAGCGAAGUCCGGGGGCCGCAAACCGUCCCCUCCACCUCCCAACUUCUCCUGGUGAGUCAACCUCCUGGGUCAGACCUCCGUCACUCCUUCCCCUCCAGCAGCGCGGCGAGCUGCGCCGCCUCGGUGGCGUCCAGGGCCUUGCGCGGGAACUUGACGGCGUACUUGAGCACCAGGCUGCCGCGCUUGCCCCACUCCCGCGCCUUGGGCAUGCCCUCGUUGGGGAUGACCUUCUGCGACCCCGGCAGAACCACGGUGUCGCGGGGCCGCACCCGCAGCACGCGAUUGUCCAGGGUGGGCACGUCCAGGCUGUCGGGGUGGAGCGCCUGCACCAGCGACAGCGUCACGGGGCAGUGCAGAUCGUCGCCGUGGCGGCUGAACCGCGCAUGUGGCAGCUGCUUGAUGACGAACACCAGGUCCUGGCGCGGGGCGCCGGGGCGGGAGUCGCCCUUGCCCUCAAAGGUGACUUUCGUCCCCUCCUUCCACCCGGGCUUCAGCUUGAUCUCCAGAGUCUCCUCCACCUUGCUCGUUUUGCCUGCCGCGUCGGUCACGUUGCGCGUGACCUUGAGCUUCUUGGUGGCGCCGUUGAACAGCUGCGGGAGGGGUGGGUUGGGAAUGAAUGUUGUGUCGAGCCAGUCGUGAGGCGGGGCGGUGGUGGUGAGGUGGACAGAAAGGACGCAGGAGGCAAGGGCAGAGGGCAGCCACCCAGCACCGGCGAGUGCAAUGUCAAGGAUGUUGCUCGACCUGACUGUCAACCAACCCAGACCCAGACCAAACACCACAGCCUUCAUCGUACCCACCUCUUCCAAGGUGCACGACAGCUGCACCUCAAUCUUCUGUGUCUUGGGGGCAGGGCCCUCGCCCAUGUCGUCACCCAUGCCUUGGAACCCGCGGCUGCUCCUCCUACCAAAAAGGUCCGGGCCCAGGCCACCACCCUGCGAGCCUGCACGGUGGGAGCGCAAAUGAAAGGAGGAGUGAAACGCAUGCAUUAUGUCCUGGCAACACAUCCAAGCCCCGCCGCAUGCUGCUAG